UUCGUAAACCGGAAACGUAGUUGCUAGCUCGGCUAACUAGACACUUGGUGCAUACGUGCACUCAAAUUCUCCCAAGUAGUGGACAGGCAAACUUCAGUCUGUAUUUCGACAGCUGUAAUUAACGUUGUUUUAAGCGGUUUAGGGGGAUAAUCAUCCGGCACACACGUUGUAAUCCAGACGACAGAUCGAUGGCCAACGUGUCUGUUUAAUAGUAACAUUUAGUUUUCCCAGUGAAAACGAAAGAAAACAGUUAUGCGGUCAAGCCAGCCUACAUUUGUUUUGUUUCCAGCGAGAGCCUAACAGAUUAGUUAGAUAGUUUUAGCUAGCUAAUCCAAGUAGAUAACUAAUCCGAGUACACUAAUCCUUUCACACUUCUCUUCAGGACACUGUUAAAGAGGAGGAGGAGUAGGAGGAGGAGUAGGAGGAGUGUUUUACUCCGACGUCCGUCAAGAUAUAGACGUCAAGGUUCCGCUCAACAAGUUAAGCGCAAACCAGGGUUCAUAAGUUUGCUGUCUGGACGUUUCCGAGACCGAAUGAAAACUCAACUUGAUUGAACUCAUAUUAAUUGCGUUUGAAAGUAUGCGAGGUAAACCUGAAGUCGUCAAACGGAAGAAAGGUGACCGGGCUGAGCGGGUCACUUCAGCAAAAGUAGGUGCCAGUGGAGUGCAGCUCUACGGGGCAUGAAACCUCAGCCAGCUUCUGCACCCAGGAAGCAAGCGACACGAUGGCAGCGUGCGGAAGAAGGAACCGACCCAAGUUGCUUUUCUGCCUCUGCGGCCUCACAUUAGUUGGAUACCUAAUAUUUUUCAGACACAACUCCAGGGAUGUGAGCGCGACCAACCGACGAGAGGCCCCCGGGGAGCUGGAAGAGGAUAAUGAACAGCUUAAAAAACCCGUCUACGAGAAGCCCCCGUUGGAUUUAAAUGCCCUGGGCGAAAUGGGAAGAGCCGUCAAGCUGAAUCUGAACGAAGAGGAGAAGCUAAAAGAGGAAGAAAGCAUUAACAAGCAUCAGAUUAACACUUAUGUCAGUGAUAAAAUCUCUCUCCACCGAACGCUGCCAGAGAGGUGGAACCCACUUUGCAGAGAGCUGAAGUAUGACUACCGGUCCCUGCCAACAACAUCCGUGGUUAUCGCCUUUUACAACGAGGCCUGGUCCACCCUGCUGAGGACGGUCCACAGCGUGCUGGAGACGUCUCCUGAUGUCCUGCUGAAGGAGGUGGUGCUGGUGGACGACUAUAGUGACAGAGCUCAUCUUAAGGAGCCAUUGGAGAAGCACCUCUCAGGUUUGAGAAAGGUGCAUUUGAUCCGGGCCACCAAGAGGGAGGGUUUGGUGCGGGCACGGCUGCUGGGGGCGUCCAUUACCACCGGUGAUGUGCUGACCUUCCUGGACUGCCACUGCGAGUGUCAUGAAGGCUGGUUAGAGCCGCUGCUUCACAGAAUCAAAGAGGAGCCCUCGGCUGUGGUGUGUCCUGUGAUUGAUGUGAUCGACUGGAACACCUUCCAGUAUUUAGGCAAUUCUGGUGAACCUCAGAUCGGGGGUUUUGACUGGCGGUUGGUGUUCACCUGGCACACUGUCCCAGAACAUGAACAAAAACGCCGUCGUUCACCCACUGAUGUCAUCAGGUCUCCUACUAUGGCAGGUGGUCUGUUUGCUGUGAGUAAGAACUACUUCCAGUACUUGGGGACGUACGACACAGGGAUGGAGGUGUGGGGAGGAGAGAACCUUGAAUUCUCCUUCAGGAUUUGGCAGUGUGGGGGCAGCCUGGAGAUUCACCCGUGCUCCCAUGUGGGUCACGUGUUCCCUAAAAAGGCCCCUUACUCACGGAGCAAAGCUCUGGCUAACAGCGUGAGAGCAGCUGAGGUCUGGAUGGAUGAAUACAAAGAGAUCUACUACCAUCGAAACCCCCACGCACGACUGGAGGCCUUUGGAGAUGUGACAGAGCGGAGGAAGCUCAGAGAGAAGCUGGCCUGUAACAACUUCAGGUGGUAUCUGGAUAAUGUUUACCCCGAUAUCCACGUCCCAGAGGAUAAGCCCGGCAUGUUUGGAAUGCUGAAGAACCGGGGCAAGACCAACUACUGCUUUGACUACAACCCUGUAGAUGAACACGUGGUGGUGGGCCAGAGGGUCAUCCUGUACCCGUGUCACGGCAUGGGUCAGAACCAGUUUUUUGAAUAUUCCACGGAUGGGGAGAUCCGCUAUAACACGAGAGAACCCGCUGGAUGCAUUGUGGGUGACAACAUCAGCACCUACCUGACUGUCCAGUUGUGUCGAAAACGGGGGCAAGCUGUUCCUGUGGACCAGAAAUUUCUCCUCCGAGAGGACGGGAGCCUGUACCAUGUGAUGAGCCAGAAGUGUGUUCAGGCGGUGGACAGGACAGACAACGGGACGCCAGCCCCAUCACUCCAACCCUGCUCUCACAGCCUCCACCAAAAAUGGUUCUUUGAGGAGAGAACUUAGUAGUGUCCAUCUCCAAACGCUUUUUUUCAUUCAAGACCAAUAUCCUGACGAGGUAUAUGGGUGGACUGAAUUGAGAAAUGUUUUUUGAUAUAUUUGCCAGGCCCUAAAAGGAGCCCAAAGCCCAAAGAGGAAGCUUCUGUGCUCACUUCAACCUUUGCACAUUUUUUUGUUCCACCUGGAUUUGAUGGACGAGUCAGAUAUUAUACUGAUAUAUACCAAUGAAGUACUUUGUAAAUAUAUACUGGGAUAUAUAUAUAUAUAUAUAAUUUUUAUUUUUUAUUUUUGAUGCUGUUGCUGGGAGAGAGGAGCCAACUGGAAUAUGUAUUCUUAUCAAGAAGAUGCUUGAAAAUUAGUAAUAGUCUACAAUUUUUUAGAUGCUGAUUUUCUCGCUUUUCUUUUAGCCACUCCACUAACUGGUGCAGACUCUGCGAAUGAGACCAGUUCAACUCACUUGCUUCAUGCACACAUGGACGAGCACUGAAACACAUGUGAAGCUGUCUGAGUGAAACAGCUGCUUCAUACUUCUGUUUACAAAGCCAGCGGCCGACAGAGCAGUGAUUCACAGAUCCACGUCAGGCAGCUUUUUGAAAUGUUUGGUGUCUUCUCCUGUAGAGGGGGCCAACGCUCCUCUCUGCAGCUUUCUUUCUUUCUCUGUGUUCCUUAUUUGUCAAGAGGAAGUGGGACAAAUCUUCAGGUAUUUUGAUAAGAACCAUUGGAGAACAUUUUGGAUGUUUUCUGCUCUUAUACAUUAGUGGUUUAGAAAAAAAAGCCAUAGAUCACAGGCAUUAUGAAAGUACCUAAUACCUCUUCAACUUAAUCACCUAACUACUGAUAAUAGGAGAAACUAUUCCAUUCUGCUUUGACUGGAGGCAUUUUGUAAUGCAAAUUUAACUUAGGUGAAAUGACAGUUUUGUGUUUAAUUUUUUUUCUGUUUUUCAUCGUAGUGUACUGUGCUCUUUAAAUGAUGUGCCGCUUCAGAAGGCUAAAUCGUAGCCAUAUUUGAUGGUUUUACUUCAUGUAGUGUCAAAUAUGUCUGUUUAAAAUUAUGUGUUUCUAGAUAAGUCUAAAUAGCUUUGCCAUUUCAUUGCUUCACAGCAGACAAAUCUCCGCUUUAUUCACAAAUAACUGGGAAUUGAUUCACUUAAUUCUGAGUGCAAAUGCAUAAACACUGAAAUCGUAACAAUGGGAUUUUCCUCCUCAUCUUACUUUUGAACAAGAAAAGUGCCUAAUGUAAAAAUGUAACCAUAUAAUUUUAUUUUAAGACGUCUCAUCGGAGCAGCAGAGUUGUGACAGUGUUGUCGCAAGUGUCUGCUGCUCGCUAACAAAAUGUAUGCUCCCCUGCUGAGAAUGCAAUGUGCACAGGCGAGAAGAUAUUCCCUGGAGUGCGCGUGCGUUUAUCUGGUGGCCCGUGCUGAUUGGUACGCACUGCCUUGGUUUCCAUCCAUCAGAGUCAAGACAGCUAUUGAGCCCUCCGUUUGGAGCUCUGGUUGCUUGUUUGGCUGGUCCCUCAGGCUGUGCAGAGGGACCGAGGGAAACACGGCGAAGGCGUAGACAGUUGUUGGUGUCUCCAGAGUGCUGGGAUGCCAGAUGGCAUCCUGAUUGAUUUUCUGGUCCUCUCCCAAUUCUUUAUCACCACCUGUCCCUCUCGGUGUCAGAGGUGCGGAGCGGAGAAGUUAUCUUCUGGGGUCUCCCUCCUCAGAUGAGCACUUAUUACUUGUGCCACUUGAGGUUUUAUUUAUGAACUGAAGAGUACAGUUUUUGACAGCACAAGCAGAUAGUAGAGAAGACUGAAUGAAACAAUUUGUGACCUCUUCCUCACCAUUAACCUUCCCAGGCUGUCAGCCCACUGGCCUCAAAGGGGCUCCAUUAGGAAUUGAUGCUACGUGACGAUCGUACUGACAUAGAUUUUUUUUUGGCUAUUGAUUCACAAUGUUUACUCACGAUAAGAUAAAUGGAAGUUGGAAAAAGAGCUUUUUCCAGUGUCACAGUGGAGCAGAAGCAGAAUCCCUUGAUUUCGCAAAUGCAAUGAAUGUACAGUACAGUGUAAAGGUGAUGCUGUUUCAUGAACAUGGUAACAUCUGUCCUCGGACUGUACAGGCCUAAAGGGGCUGUGCAAGAUGUACAUUGCUUUCCACUCACAUAUAUUUACAUUAAAUUAGAAAAGAGCAUCAUGAGAUGGCUGUGCUGUGGAGCACUAAGGCGUAAAAUAAGUUCCAGUCUUCAGUGGAAUAUGGGCAUAUUUUGUGAGGGUUAAUUUCCCAGUCGCCUCUAAAGGCUUUUGCUGGCAUUAUGAGUAGUUCCUGAUGGUGCAGAUAAGUGGAAUGGACCAAAUGACCAGCAGGAGGAUUAUGGUCAGUUCCAUAGAGGGAGGGGAGGGGCAGCUGUUCUGGGAUUGUGUAGAUGGUUUUUGGUGAUAAAGCUUAAAAAAUAAAAUAAAAAAUUGUGUGUAUAGAAGUGCUGCUUAAUCUUGGCUUUGAUAGAGGAAAAGUUUGUUGGGAACAGGCUGUGUUAUGCAUGGUGCCUGGCAAGUCUGCAGACGCUCAUCGAGUUUCUCUGCUACGAUUUGAGACGAAGAAAAGCUGCUUCAAUGAGUGUCAUCCAUGAAAGAUCGCAUUCACCAAGAACAGGUGAAAUUUCCCUUUUAAUGCAGUGCUUAUGCUUUAUGUAUUGUGUUACACUUAAGAAGUGACAGCUCUCCCGUUUCCAUCAGUUUGUGUCUUACCCUGUGACUGCAGUAUAAAUAUUAUAUGCUGUUAUUAAAAGGGGUUAUUUAUUGUC